AUCCCACUGCAGCCCCUCCAUCCCACUGCUGCCCCUCCAUCUCAAUGCUGCCCCUACAUCCCAGUGCAGCCCCUCCAUCUCAGUCCUGCCUCUCCAUCCCACCGCAGCCCCUCCAUCCUUCAUGUGUUCUCUGCCCACGGAGCCGAUCGAUGCCCACAGAUCAGCCGUCCCCAGCUCAGCAUCCCCGCUCCAUCUCUCCCUCCUCGACCACUUUUCCUUUUGCAGCCGUGGAAGGGGAGGGCCGCUGUGACAGAACAUCCUGUGCGAGCUUGGGGAGCCAUAAAAGGCUUAAAGCAUGGCUCUGCUAAUCCGCCCUGUACACACCCGCACGCACAGCCCCGGCGGCGGCACCGAGGAGGAUCCCGACGGCCGCAGCAGAUGGGAGAGCUCCGAUUCCGUUCAUCCCACGCCUCCUGCAAGCGGGCUUUUAAAGCCCAAGGAUUCCUACUCGUUUUCUCGCAGCCCCCCCCAGCCCCCACCCGAGGGAUGGAUGCGCUCAAGCUGGAGAUGCCGGCGCUCGGGGUUUCGCUGGGCUGAAGUUGAAGAGCGUUUGUAGGAGAGCAUCGUGCGAGGAGGCGGCACAGCUUGCCGACAGAUCUGAGCUGGAGCUGCUGACUCCUGCGUGGAGCUGUGAUUCCUUCCCAGGGUUUGUGCUAUUUCCAGCUCCUGUUGCCCCCGUUCCUGUGACGCCCAUCCCCUUGUGCUGGGAACAAACCCUGGUUGGCAGCACGCUGUGCUCUGCUCCGUUUGCAGCCACUUUUCCCAAGCUGUAAGACAGCCCAGGACGUAUCUUGCAUGGCACCAAGGCUCAGCUCUGCAUGAGCUGCUGAGGCAGGCGUGGAUCUGCAGGAUGAGCAGAGCUGCAGGCAGAGCCUAGGUGCCCCAUCAGCAGCUGAUAGAUGCUGACACCAUGGAGGUGGCCAACAGCAGGGAUUUCCAAUGGAAGACCCUCUCCCCUCUGCCGAGCCGCCGGGUUUAUUCCACGCUGGUGGAAGUGGGUGGGCAGGUGUUUGCCAUCGGGGGCUGCGAUGACAACGGUGUCCCCAUGGAUUGCUUUGAGGUUUACUCCCCCGAGGCUGACCAAUGGACGUCGCUGCCCCCCAUGCCCACUGCCAGGGCCGGGGUGGCGGUGGCCACGUUGGGUAAAAGGAUCAUGGUGAUAGGGGGUGUGGGGGCCAACCAAGCACCGCUGAAGAUCGUGGAGAUGUACAACGUGGAUGAGGGCAAGUGGAAGAAGAGGAAUUCGCUGAGGGAGGCGGCCAUGGGCAUCUCGGUGACGGCAAAAGACUACAGAGUGUAUGCAGCUGGUGGGAUGGGAGCUGACCUACGACCACACAACUACCUGCAGCACUACGACAUGCUGAAGGACAUCUGGGUGUCCCUGGCAGCCAUGCCCACAGCACGGUAUGCAGCCACCUCCUUCCUGCGGGGCACCAAGAUCUACGUGCUGGGGGGAAGGCAGUCCAAGUAUGCUAUCAACGCCUUCGAGGUCUUUGACACCGAGACCAGAUCGUGGACUAAGUUUCCCAAUAUCCCCAAUAAAAGAGCUUUCUCCAGCUUCGUGCCUACCGAAGACAAACUGUUCAGCCUUGGGGGCCUGCGGCAGGGCCGGCUCUACAGGCAGCCCAAGUUCAUGAGGACUGUGGAUGUGUUUGACUUUGAGCAAGGUGGCUGGAUGAAGAUGGAGCGCUCCUUCUACCUGAAGAAACGGCGAGCAGACUUUGUGGCUGGCUACCUGAAAGGCAGAGUCGUCGUGGCUGGGGGACUGGGAAACCAGCCGACCGUCCUGGAGUCUGCAGAAGCUUUCCACCCUGAGAAGAACAAAUGGGAGAGCUUGCCCCCCAUGCCCACCCCACGCUGUGCCUGCUCCAGCAUCGUGCUCAGGGGCUGCCUGCUGCUAGCAGUUGGUGGGGUGAGCCAGGGGUUGAGCAGCGCGGUGGAAGCCCUCUGCCUUUCUGACUCCUAGCAGUGGCCCUAUGCUCCCCUCCGGUCUCCUAAAGAGCUGCUGGGGGGGGAAACGAAGAGGAAGGGACAGUUUGCAGUGUUUGUGCUGUGUGUCCUGCCAGCAGGAAGGGCUCUGCAGGGUGAGGUGUGGGUGAGCAUCUCCCUGCUGCCACCCGAACCCAGCACAGGUUUGGAGGGGUCAGCCGGAAUGGGGAGAGCAGAAGUGAUGCCCUCUUUGGGUGCUCUGAGGUGUGUGUUUUCUCUUUGGUGUGCAGGAAGGGAAACUCCAAAUCUGUAUCCAGGUACAGGGGAUUGUUCUUUUGCCUUCAUAGCAAGACUUUUCCUGCAG